AUGAGUAGCGAUAGCAAACUUCAGUUACAGGCCUGGAAGGUUCUGUCUAAAUACCUUCCUGGUAGUAAUCAUGAUCAGGAAUAUUGGUGGAAGCUAACUGGCCGUCAUGUGGCUGCGCUAUUGGAGGCUGCUGAGUAUCCUUUACACAAGCAAUAUGAGUGCCUGUUGUUCCACUAUCACUGGACGGUCCCCUACAUGGGUCCCGCUCCCGGACCAGAUGGUCUGCCGACUAAGUGGAAGUCGUUGCUGUCCCUUGACGGUUCAGCAAUCGAAUAUUCAUGGAAAUGGAACACCAAAACCUCCGAGCCAGACGUUCGUUAUGUCACAGAGCCCAUUGGGCAGUUCCCAGGAACAGAGUUGGACCCUCUCAACCAGCAGGGUCUACGUGAGCUUCUUCAGCGCUUGGGAGCGGAAACAUCAGAGAACGUGAAUAUUGGCUGGGUAAAUCACUUUUUUGCCAAGUUAUAUGACCAUGAUAACUCCAAGUAUAUUGAAGAAGCUGCAGCAGGUUCACACAUGAGCACUGCUAACAGUGUUCAACUGGGCACGGAGUUUUUGCGCAAGGGUACUGGGUUCAAGACUUACUUCUUCCCCCGCAAGCUCGGUAUUGUUGAAGCCAUUCCAAUAUCUCAAUAUGACGACGCUAUUGCCAAGCUCGAUGUGGAUGGGAAGGGCUACUCCGCCCGCAAGGCUCUCAAUGAGUUCCUCACCAAUAACCCUGAAGGAAAGCUUCUCAACCCUUUCUCGUUGGCUGUUGAUAAUGUUGCUCCUGAGAAGUCGCGCCUCAAGUGGUACUUCCAUACCUUGAACACAAGCUUUAAGUCAGUACGUGAGGUUAUGACCUUGGGUGAUAAAAUCAUCGGUAUCGAGAAGCAGUUCGAUGGCCUCUUUGAGCUCAUCAAGGCCACUGUUGGUCUACCUGAUGAUUUCCCGGAAGACGUCGAGGUUCCUCUUCCAGAGAAGUCUCAAGUCUAUGAUAAGUCUGCCAAGGACAACUUUGGUGAGCUUGAAAGGGUCUUGACCGGAUACCUGUACUACUUUGACAUUGCCCCCGGCAACAAGUACCCUGAAGUCAAAUGGUUUAUUCCUACCCGUCACUAUGGGCCCAAUGACUUGGACUUGGCCAAGGCUAUCAUAAGUUGGAUGGAGAAGCAUGAACGUGGAGGAUACGGCCCAAAGUACCUGGAAAUGCUCUGCAACUUGGGCGAGCACAGACUUCUGAACGAAGGAAAGGGUUUGCAAUCCUUUGUCAGUUGCCUGUUCAGGAAGGGAGAGUUGGAUAUUACUACCUACCUUGGAGCUGAGGCUUUCCACUCAGCUCGAAAACCAAGACGGUCCAGCCGGGGUACUCGACGACGAGGUGACGACUAG